CAAUAUCAACCAUUCCCAUCGAGCGACCGCGAUAUAAUAGCGCAAACCCUCGCGAACCGAUCCGAAACUUACUUACCUUCAUAUUUACAUACAUCUAAACUUAACCUACCUCAUAAUACCAACACCCCACGCCGCAAAAAUGGUCGCCGACGCCGUCGUAUACCACCCCACGGUAGCGCACUACCUCAAAUUCGUCUCAACAACAGUCGGUCGGGACAAGCUUCUCCGCACACUGCAGUACUUCUCGCGGUUCUACGCAUGGUAUCUCUUCCGCACGAACGGGACGAAAGCCGAAGUCGCGCCGUACGAAGCCAUCAAGAAGCAGUUCGGGCUCGCGCGCAAGCUGCUGCGCGUCGGCAAGAACGUCGAGCACUUCAAGGCCGCGGCGUCCGCGGCCGACAACAAAGCCGGGGUCCCCGAUGCCGUGCUCCGCUACGCGGCGGUCGGCAGACAGCUGGGCUACGCGGGAUACCUGACGUUCGACGCGGCGACGGUGUUGGAUUCGUUGGGGGUCAGGAAGUGGGAGGGCGCGAAGAGGGCGCAGAAGGAGGCGUAUCGCUUUUGGGCUAUGGGGAUCGCGUGUAGUGUUGUUGCGCAGAUGUAUACCUUGUAUAGGUUGAGAGAGAGGGAGGCGAAGGUUGAUAAGAAGGAGGGCGAGGGCGUGGUGGAGAGUAAGAGGAUUGUGAUUGAGCGCGCUGCGAGCCAGCUGCAGCUGUUGUCGGAUCUCUGCGAUCUGACGGUUCCCACGGCGGCGUUGGGUUGGAUCGGCUUCGAUGACGGGUUCGUCGGCUUGGCGGGUACGGUGAGCAGUUUGAUCGGCGUGUAUUCGCAAUGGAAGAAGACCGCGUAAACGUCUCGAGAGGAUCAGAUCGGAUGGGUAAUCCGGUUAGAGUAUUCCGGGGAGAGGAUGUGACUCGGGGGAGAAGGAUAUAAGCGUAUCCCAGGCCGGGGGGAGGCAAUAUGAUAGUGGCGGGUGAUAGGCGUUAUAUUCCCAUAGCGCGUAUCGUCUAGUCACAGUGUACAAACAAUAGAUGGAUGUUUUUUUUUUCUACAGCAAGCCAGCACACCGGUUCUAGAUGACUACUAGUA